CUAGGGGUCCUGGGGGCGGGUUAGCCCGACGCUUCCGCGGGCCCGGGGGUCCCUGCCUAACGCAUUUCAGGGGCGCGGAUCGCGCAGCUCCUCCGCGCGUGGCGGACUUGUUGGGACUUGCCUGGACGGCGCGGCGUGUCGGGCCCUGCAUGGGCGUGGAGCGGGGUGGACCCGGGGCCGCCCAGUGCUUAGGUCUCGAGUCCCUAGCUAGGGGGACACAGCUUCUCGUUGGCUAGAGAUUUACUCCACCCGUCCUUGGAAGAGGAAAAGAAAAAACAUAAGAAGAAACGUCUAGUUCAAAGCCCAAAUUCCUAUUUUAUGGAUGUAAAAUGCCCAGGUUGCUACAAGAUUACCACGGUUUUCAGCCAUGCUCAGACGGUGGUUCUUUGUGUAGGCUGUUCAACAGUGUUGUGCCAGCCAACGGGAGGAAAGGCCAGACUCACAGAAGGGUGUUCAUUUAGAAGAAAGCAACACUAAUGAUCACACAACCUCUUGAAUUUGUGUUCUAUCGCAGAAAGCCUUAUCAGUUCAAUAAUUCCGGUUAAUCUACCAAGAUAAUGUAAUUAUGUUUAAUUUUGUAAGGUAUACAACAGUCAUCUCCUAUUUUGGUGUCAGUUUUUCAAUAAAGUUUUGAUUAUGGGCAAA